AUGACGAGACAAUCAAAUUACAAGAGUGUUCCUGUACUUGAAGGGCUUUCAUCAAAAGUAACUGGUCGCCAAGAGUACUACUACACGAAAGUCCAGCAUCAUGUCCUCCUUGCAACCGCCUCAAAUCUCAUCGCUUCGUUGGUAUUUUUAGCCUUUGAGCUAUUUCUCUAUUUCUACAUCACAAAAAACCGAUAUAAUUAUUUUCCACGAAAACUCGAUGAAUGUCAAUGGUCAUUUCCUGUGAUUUUCUUUGUGCUCAAUGUUGUGCUUCAAGUGAUCUUGGUGCUCGGCGCUCGGAAGCUAAAUCUGUCAUUGCUGAGGCUAUAUCUUGGUUUACAGGGCUUACUGAUUGUGGCCGAGAUCCUGAUUCUCGUGUGGACGAUGAUCAAUCUUGAUGCCUGGCUGUUAAACAUCGCCCGAUUGAUCAUCACCCUUUUCUCAUUUUGGUCUUUCUUGGCUGGCUUGAAAAUGUUGAAGAUCACGAUACAUGAGAGAUCUGAUGAA